GAGCAUCGCCAAAUUUUCAGGCCGUGCAGCGGACCGAAUACAGGGGGUAGUGUGAUUCUGGGUCGAUCGAGCGCCGACAGGCCUGAUCUGCUGCCACGCAGGUGCCUGGGGGAGGGCGGGUGCAUCAUCCUGUGUUCACCUGAGCCGCCAGAGCAAAUCCAGCGCAGUCCCCACCGGGCGGCUUUCCUCAGCAGGAGAGGUCGAGCUGGCCGCGGCCCGCGGGCGGACAAGAACCGUGCCAGGGAAGGCUUUGCGGGCUGGCCUGGACGAGGCCUUCCCUCUCCGGCCGUUGCCGCCUGUCGAGGGUUGCCUGCGCUGCGCUGCGAUUCGAGCAGCGGCCGGGCAGCCCAGCAGCUGCUUCCGCAUGGCACCAGCCUGCCACCCUGCCACCAGUCGCCUGCACGCGGCGCACCCCCACCCGGCGCCCUCUACUCCACAUGGCCGGCCGCGGCUGCCUCUAACAGCCUCCCCCGGGCCUGUGCUUGGGCGCGCCUUCCCCGAAACCGCUCCUGCGCCUGUCGUGCUGGCCGUCGCUUGCCCCUUCCUGGCAGGCUGUAA